CUGCUAUCAAAAUGUCAUUGGCUGAAUGUAGGGGCGACAAGUUCCUGUUGACAGCAAAUUUCCAGCACACACAGGAAGUCUAGUUGAAAACUGCGGCUAAGCAAGUUCAGGUAGUCUUUCAACUGAUGGAUAUUAUAUAUUUUAAAGUGUAUUCAAGAGGCGUAGACGGAUUUGUCUUGACCACCUUCAGGUUAGUAAACAUGCAAUAGAGGGGUGACCACCUUCAGGUUAGCAAACAUGCAAUAGAGGGGUGACUGCACUAGUGGUCGUCUGGCUGUACCACAGAAAAAAACCUACCACAGUAAACGUGUAUGAAGUAUUUGACACAUGGAGGUGGGGUGGAUUAUACUACCUUUCUUGGCUUUGCUGUGUCCUUCGUCGAGCUCCUCUGCAGGACAACUAAAUGAUUCACAGGCCCCAGCCCUACAAACUGAAUAUUUUGCAGAGGGCAAAGACGCUAACAUAAGUUGCAGCAAUAGGACAUGGUCUGAUGCUCUCCAUUUUAUCUGGAAAAUAAACAUCAGUGGAGUCAACUGUCUGAUAAGUGAAUCUACCAAAAAUCCUCCGCACAACAACUGCACAGGAGGGAAAACGCUCCGCAACACCACCAAUGGGGAGUCCUACCUGCACAUUCCUCACUUUGGAGUCAAAGAUGAAGGGACAUAUUCAUGUGAAAUUGUGUACAGAGGUGGAGCUGAAACAGUCAAGAUUACAGUGCGGGCAGCAGUCACCCCUGUCCUCUCCACCAGACUGGAGCAGGACAGUGGACAGAGGUUUGUUGUCUGUUCUGCUGCUGGGGGAAAACCAGCGGCCAUAGUGUCCUGGGAGGAGAUGUGGGGAUCCUCUGAGGUCACGGAGAGGUCAACUCAGAACGCUGACGGAACAGUGACCGUGGAGAGCUGGCUGCGCGUGCCUGAUGGAACAAAGGAUAAACUCACCUGUGUGGCCAGUCACCUCUUCUGGACACGAGGAGCAAGCUCUGCUGCCGUGGAUCUCACAGAGAUACGUGAUGCAGGUUCAUUGGCAGGUGAAUUAUGGCAGCUCAUCAUGAUAUCAUUUUUUUUUGUACUUAGUUUGGUCAUUGUAACUUUUCUCAGCAUAUACAUGUGCCUUGAGAGACACAAUUAAUAAUAAAACAAGUAAACAAACAACAGGUGUAAAUUGUUUUUCUUUUUGUUUAUUUAUUUUUUCAGUUUUUCCUCAAGAUAGCAGUAUAGGAUAGAACAAGAUAUGCAUUCAGCGCCAUGUUAGCUAGAAUCCUUACAACAGGACAGAAACAAAAGGGCUCAUCAUAUACCCACACACACACACACACACACACACACAGACACACACACACACACACACACAUUUCAGGAAUGACAAUUGGUGUUAAGUCUGACUAAA